CUCAGGAUGAGAGAGGUGCAGGGAUGGCCAACUCUACAGGUGAUCUAGAGACAGGCAAAGACAUGGAUGAUCUGACAAAAGGCCUGGAAGAACUCUGUGAUAUCUCUAAGGAGAGGAGGGAGAAAGUACUGAUGCUUUGACAUCUAGAAGAGCAGCAUCAUCUUAUGUCUAUGCUGACAAAGAAAGCAGAUGAAAGCGAUGACACACAAAAACGCUGCAGAGCCCUGGAGCAGCUCAACAUGGAGCUGGAGAAACUAAGGACAGAGGCUGCUCUGAAAAUUAAAACUCAGACCCUGCAGAUUCAGCAUUUGGAGGGGCGCUUCAUGGAUCUGGCCAACAACCAUGAAAAGAUGAUCCAGUUCAAGAAUGAACACAGGAAACAGCACAUGCAGCUGUGGGAGGAGAACAAGCGCCUUCGGCAGGAGAAGGAAGUGCUCUUCAGCCAGGCUGUGAGGGAGAAGGAAGCUGAAGUGCUCCGGCUGGCUCCCCAGGCCAGGAAGCUCUCACAGCAGUUAUAUUCCCUGCAGGAGAAGCAUACUUAUGAGAGUUGCAGAGCCCAGGAGAGAGAAAAGGAGCUGCUAGAAGCUCAGAGCCACCAAGCAGGUGCCUACACCCGGGAAGUGGAUUCACUGAAGAAGCAGCUGCAACUUCUACAGGAGAGGCACCAACAAGCUGUUGCAAGGGCAGAGCAGGCAGAAAGUCAGCAGAGGGCUCAGAGCACCGAACUGUGGGCUGAGCUGGAGAGGGCACACAAGGAAAAAGAGCAGCUAUUGAACCUGGCCAUGGAGAGGGGUAAAGCUCUGCAAGAUAAGGAACGGGAGAUUCAGCAGCUGGAGGAGAAGCUGGAGGUUGCGGAAGAAGCCAUGCUGAGAGCAGGAAGGUGCUAUUAGAAAGAGGCAGCAGCAGUGGACAAAGAUCUGAAGGUCCAACAGCUCCAAGGACAGCUGGAAAGUAGCAAGCAAGCGUACAAUGAGCUCUCUCUGCGGUUCGAUGCUUACAGAAAGCACAGCAUGGACUUGCUGACUAAAGAAAGAACACUGAAUGUCAAACUCCGUCACUUUGUUGCAUAACUGCAUCAUUUUCCACUGUUCUCUCCUUGGCAGGUGCCUCUGUGGCAACACAUCGCUGCAUUUUGUUCCUUU